AUGUCUUUCGUUUGUGAUCUGUGUGGAAAAGUGUGUGCGACUAAGCACGGAUUGAGCAGACAUCGGGCCUCUGAUAUUUGUCGUACUGCUCAAGCGAAGAAUCUCCGUCAAGCACCACAACUUCCUGGAUCAUCCGCUCCUACAGUAGUUUUGGAGACCAUCGAAACCCGUAUAUUUGCAGCUCGGAAAAAGCACCCCAUUCUUCGUCACAUUCCAGCAGGAGCCAGGCGCGCCUGCGCAGAAUCCUACACGGCUGCAGUCAAUGACGUGUGCAGUAAGAAUGACGAAGAGUCUUGGGCCAAAUUGUUGCUGUUUCCACUAGACAACCUCCACGCUCCCCCUGCCAAAGCUGGACGAGGACCUUCCCUAGCUGCGUCGGUGAAGGCGAAUUUGCGCGGCACAUCUGCAGAUUCUCCUCUCCCUAACACUGUCCGUAAUAAGACCAGCAAGAAGAAGACUACUGAUGAAACCUUACGCAAACUGGUGAAUGCCAAACUGCAGGAUGGUGACAUCAGCGGUGCUGUUAAAGUUCUGACGUCUGAAGAUACGGUUGCUGCGCUGACGGGAGACGUUAUUAAGGCGUUACGUGAUAAACAUCCAGAUCCACCAGCGGAUCUGGAUACAACGGUCUGUGACGUUCAACCUGUUGCUCACAAUGUGUCUCCGAAUGAGAUUCUUGUCGCUGUUAAAUCUUUUCCUGCAGGCUCAUCAGCUGGACCUGAUGGUCUUCGACCGCAGCAUUUGAAGGAGAUGGUGAGUGUGCCUGGAGAAACAGGGGGGUCCUUACUGUCGGCCCUGUCCAAACUGGCCAACCUAGCUCUAUCCGGAAAGAUCCCUGCGGCGGCCAAGAGAGUGUUCUUUGGUGGAAUGUUGACGCCUCUAUUAAAGAAAAACGGGGGUAUUCGUCCCAUAGCUUGCGGUUGCACAUUGCGGCGGCUAUUUGGAAAAGUUAUCAGCCGGCGCGUUCAAGAUGAGAUGGGAGAACUAUUUCGUCCCGUGCAGCUCGGUUAUGGUACUCGUGGAGGUGCAGAAGCGGCCGUACAUGCUGCUCGUAAAUUUGUACGGGAUGACUGUUCUGAAGUACAGGUUGUGUUAAAACUUGACUUUGCUAACGCUUUUAACACGGUCCGCAGAGAUGUGAUGUUGAAGAAAGUGGCGGAAGUUCCUCCUCAAUAUUAUGCGUUUAUCUCCGCGGCAUACAGCACUCCGUCGUCAUUGUUUUGUGGAGAUCAAAUUAUUGCCUCUGCCCAUGGUAUCCAGCAAGGGGAUCCACUUGGCCCGUUACUGUUUUGUUUGAUCUCGGCUAAUUUGUCCAGAGAAUUACAGUCCGAAUUAAACAUCUGGUUUUUGGAUGACGGCACGUGCGGCGGGGAUCCGGAUACCGUUUUGGGAGAUUUCAUGACUAUAUUGGGAAAAGCACGCACACUCGGCUUGCAGUUGAAUUUGUCGAAAUGCGAGCUGCACGUUUUUGGUGGCACUGAAUCCGAGCGGAAAGAAGUCAUUGAAAGUUUUCACUCUAUUUCACCUGAGAUUCUGCUGGUUUCGUCGGAGCAGCUGGACCUCCUUGGUGCACCACUUACUGAUUUGGCGAUUGGGCGAGUGUUAGAUGGAAAGAUCGGUCAGAUACGACGUCUGACUGAUCUGCUCGGUGUGUUGCCAGCGCAUCAGUCAUUGUUCCUUUUGAAGAACAGCCUUUCGCUGCCGAGAUUGUUGUUUACUCUUAGGUGCGCCCCGAGUUGGAAGUGUCCAGAUAAACUGCGCCUGUUUGACGAUACCGUGAGGAGAAAAGCGGAAGAAAUUACGAAUGUAGAAAUGUCCGACACCGUGUGGCGACAAGCGAUUUUACCUGAUCGCCUUGGAGGAAUCGGCCUUUGUAGGGCGGAGGAUGUAGCGUUGCCUGCAUAUCUAUCUUCGUGUUAUGCUACGGAUCCUCUGGUCUGUGAGAUUGUCACGGAUACUGGUCAAAGCCCUAGAGAAAAUGUGGUUAAGGUUUAUCAGGAGAAACUUGGAGAAGACCCACCGCCUAUGCCGAGCCGUCGUUUCCAGCCAGCGUGGACCGGUGUGAUGUACGACAAAAUGCGCCGUCUCUUAGUGGACAAUGCCGACGUUAUCGCUAAAGCUCGCUUGUUGGCCCUGUCUACAAAAGAGUCUUCUGCAUGGUUGUCGGCGCUGCCUGUGUCCAGUUUAGGAAACCUUCUUGAUGAUGUCAGUUUACGAGUGGCUGUGGCUUUACGCUUAGGUACGGUCAUCAUGGCCUUUGCUGUAAGAAAAGUGUAG